AUGAAAUAUUGUUUCUUCUUGUUUGCGCUCUUGUGCCAUGCGGUGAGAGUUUUGGCAGGAGGGCUACACGGAUGCAUGGAGCGUGUUUUAGCUUACCAGGCAUACGUCCUCGACGAGUUUAACGAUCCUAAAGACCGCAGCAUUGGAUUCAGUUGCACUCGCUGGGAUAACAAAAACAGAGCCUGCACAGGCAAAUGGCAGGGUUGUGCGGGAUCCGCUGCCAAUGGCAGAUGCACUUAUGACGAGUUCCUCAACCUUCUCAAAUCAAAGAAGAGGGCCCCAGUGAGUGGCUGGGCAGUCUACAAGCGGGGAACAAAACGCCUGGAUGUUGAAGAAACAUCCAAAUAUUGUUUCCAGCAGUUCAAAGGAAACGUGCCCGAAAUCCCGGUUUACCGUGUAAUCAAGGGCGAAAGAGGAGACUUCAACUCCUACACCAGACGACUCGCCGAGACGGUCGACAACAUAUAUGCCAACCAUGGUAGCACCAAGAAAUCAAGCCAAUACAAGUUUGAGGAUUUUGACAACACGCGCGACCGCAUCGCCGUCUUACGGACAGCUGACCAGAAUCGUUUCCUUAUUCCACGAGCACGAAAAUAUUUCGGCAACCAGAUAGAGCUUCAGAUCGUGGAUCUGGGCGAAGACCCUAUUCGACCCGGUAAACGAUUAACGGCUCUUGAUUUUAAAGAGACUGCUCUCGCCGCUAAGAAGGCCGGAGUUCAGGAUUAUACGACGAGACUCGGAAACUUUGCCAAGUCGUUCUAUUCGACCGGCGAUGCUAGGCAGCAUCUCGCGGUAAGGAGGAGUUACCGAAAAGUCGCAGACCGCUCCCGGUCAUGUAGAGCGUACAGCGAAUAA